AACUUAAAUAGCCGACACCGACAAAAAGACUGUCAUACCUCAAACUUAACCCUAAAUUCAAAUCCACGUCAUCUUCGUCGUCAUAUAUAACCCCUCACUCUCCCAUAUAAACCCUUACAUUAAAGUUCAGAACUUUGCUAGAGGAGAGAGAGAGGGAAAGAAAAACACCAAAUGAAUCCUUUGAUCAGAAUUACAGUUCUCUUCUCUCUCUUGCUGGUAGAAUUGCAUCCAUCGUUAGCGUCGAGACACAACGACGCCUACGUCAGGGACGCGUGUAGCGUAACGCGAUACCAAGAACUCUGCAUCCGAUCGCUGUCUCCAUUCUCGGCGGCGGCCAAGAACAGCCCCAGCAAGUGGGCCCGAGCCGGCGUCUCCGUGACCAUAGCGGAGACCAAACGCGUCCUCAAACGCAUCGCGGAGACGCAGCGUUCGGCGGCUGUCGGGAAACGCGACCGCGUAGCGUUGGCGGACUGCAGGGAGCUGUUGCAGGACGCGCUCGACGACCUCCACAUGUCCCUCUCCGUUCUGAGGAAGCUGACCGCGACCGAGUUCCAGCAGCAGAUGAGCAACCUUGCCACGUGGCUCAGCGCCGCCCUCACGGAUCAGGACACGUGUCUCGAUGGGUACGCGGGGACGAGGACAUCGACGGUCAGGAUCGUCCGGAGAAGGGUCGCCAACUCUAUGUACUUCACGAGUAACGCACUCGCGCUCGUCAACAAGCUCGCGACCGCUGGUUUGUAGUUUCUCAAGCGCAAUUAUUAUUCCACUCUCGGGCAUGUUAUCCAAUAAGGUGAUGGUUACACACACACACACAUAUAUAUAUAUAUAGAAGAGUAGCCAGUUAUAUUAUAUGAUUAUUUAGAUGCAUAAUAAUUAAGUGAUAAAGGUGUGUCUAUAUAUAUCUUCGUUGUCUUUAAAAUAUGUGGUACAUACUAUAUGGAUACAGUUGUUGUUAUAUGUGCUUUUAUUAAUUAUGCCAAGGUACGUAUACGUC